AGACUCUGUACCCAGUCGCUGUGUGUAAAAAGUCUCUACCAACGAAACAUCCCCCAGGGCAUCCGUCCAGGCCUGGUCCCGAGUAACAUGAGCUAAGCUAUUAAAAGUUCCUAUGGCCUAGACAAUGUAUUGAUUGGAGGAACCAAUUGAAAGUGAGGCUUAGAAGUUAGACUAACGUCAUGUGCCUUCAUUGUACAGUAAUUGCAUUUUUAAUGAGGUAAGAAAAAGGAGAUGGCAGAAUUUGGUGCCCAUUUGACAGGCGCUGUGCAAAACACCCGGCCAACAUAUUUUGAGGUGAUCGCUCAGGAGGGUUUGAUGAUAGCAUUGCGGCCUGCUAUGCAACAUACAUGCAAGGUGUUAAAUUGAGCAACCUCACCAAAGCUGAUAUGCUGAACCUUAUGGUAAAGAAAGAAACUGAGAUUCCAAACACAACCAGUUGGACAAGUAAACUAUUAAUAUACUGUAGGCGGUUCCUUGCUCUCUCAGCUCAAGGUAUUUCUCAAGGACUUUCCGUGGCUGUAUUUUUCCUGCAGUUUCUAGAAUGGUGGUAUGCCAGUGAAAAUGAGCAAUCCAGGGUUGCCUUAACCUCGCUCCCUACUCCUCUACCACCCUCAUGUAUUAAAGAUAAAAGUGUUAAGUUUGGAGGCGACAUUUGCCCCAUCUGUGAGAAACCAAGAACUAAUGACACUGCCCUCUCUACUUCAGGGUAUGUUUUUUGUUAUCCCUGUAUCUAUGCUUACAUCAAGAAGCACCAGAGAUGCCCAGUAACCAGGUAUCCUACACUCCACCAACAUCUCAUCAAGCUCUACCCACCUGACUAACAUUGUGUUCUAUAGUAUAAACCCGACUAACAUAAAUGUUGUACACACCUGUUGUAGUGUAGUGUUUUACAAAAACCUGACAUAAUGUUCUGCACACCUGAAUACCGUUGGUAAUAAAAUACAAUGAUUAAUAGGGAAAAGGAUGAUAAAGUCUAGAGAAACAACUACUAUCGAAGUAGUUGUAUAAACAAGGGGUUAUCAUUUAUCACUGAUUUAAGUUAUUUUAAUUCGUCCUUAUCAACAGGAAAACAUUUUGGUCAAACCAGAAUUUCAAAAUACUGAAGUAGGUCUGCCUCUACAUAGCUUCUCAAUCCUAAUUUCCUUCUGCUACAAUCGUGAUUAUAUAAUUUGGCUAAUAGAAGGUUUUCAAGAGUAAUUAUAUAUAAAUAUUUAUGUAAAUACAAGAAUUUUUAAUCAAUGAGUUGAAUAAAGAUACUGAUGAAAUACUGA